GCCCUCUGCGGGCCGGUCGCGAUACGAAAAGGCAGAAAGGGCGGGGGUUGGUGUGUAGAUUUUGGACACCGCUCGGGCCUUAUUUGUAUUUUCUCAAAAAUAAGGACAUGAUAUUUCAUAAGAAGACUCUAAAUCGGGUUUUGAAUGUUCGGAAAUCGUUACAUGUAUAUAUAAAGGGGGAGUUUGUUGGAUACCGGUGGAACCUGGCUUUUUAAUUUGGUUGUUCUCGAUCCAUUUCUUGUUUUUCAAUAGUGAGGCAUGAUGGAGUGGAAGCAGUUUGAUGGGCUUGGAUUAAUGGUUCGUUCUUCUGCGACAUCUUGGGAGAAUAUCAAUAUGAGACUUUUUGAUCAUUUGCUGUUUAUAUCGGGUGACUAUGUCAACGAACUCUUCAAUGCUGCAUACCUUACCCCCUCGUCACCCGACUACGACCCCAUCCUCGACACCAACCCCUACACCAUGACGGACCCAUUUUUUCCUCCCCUCACCGAUUUCAUCCGUUUCCUCUGCUACCGCCUCCACUGCACGCUCGAAUCCCUCACAUUAAGCCUCUUUUAUCUCCAUCGACUCAAAUCCCUUCACCCAAUAUGUCACGGAUCGCCCGGAACGCCUCACAAACUCGUGUUAUGCGCCUUAAUGUGUGCAUGCAAGAUCCUCUACGACGAUCACUAUACAAAUACAGUGUGGGCCAAGGCUUCUGAAUUGUUUUCCUUGGAGCAGGUCAAUAGGAUGGAACGAGAGUUUCUGCAGUACAUCGAUCAUGCUCUUUUCGUACCGCCUAAGGAUUGGGAUGCGUUUUUGGAAGAGAUGGAUGCGAGGUUGGGGAGGGCUCAGUUGGCCGUUUAUGAUGGGAGAAAGUGUCGAAGGGGGUUGAGGGAUUUGGUUGGGAUGGGUUCGUUGGAAUGUUGUGGACGGGGUUGCCAGGAUCGACAUUUAUUGCGGGCUUGUCCUGAUGAAGUCGUGCCAUCUUAUUUAUCAAUGGCUGCUCAUGCCUUGCCAUUACCACCCCCCGAGCCUACACUAUUGGCAACAACGUAUCCAAUUCUGCCGCCUGUACCUCACGCUUGGUUUACAAUGCAAUGUGCGUGACAAAUUAGUAAACAAAGAUAUUAGAUACCCGGGCACGAAUGUGCCUCCAUGAUUCUUCA